GGGUCAGGGAGUCAACUCUCACGCGCCAACAAGGAGAGUGAAGAACCCUCGGUCCCAAACCCAAAUCUCAGUGUAUAUAAUGUGUAUACGAAGAGAAAGCAAAACUGCAGUGAUUCUUCCCUACAAAAGAAGGGGGUGUUGUAAUAGAAAGAAGAGAAUCUAAUCCAAGGUUGGAGCAAUCAUGAAUAUCUUCAGAUUGGCUGGGGACAUGACCCACCUCCUCAGCAUAGUUGUGCUCCUCCUCAAGAUUCGCACCAUGAAAUCUUGUGCUGGAAUCUCACUCAAAACCCAAGAACUGUAUGUUAUAGUGUUUGUUACUCGAUACCUUGAUCUAUUCACAAGGUACAUCUCCCUCUACAACUCUGUAAUGAAGCUGGUGUUUCUUGGAACUUCAAUUGCUAUAGUAUGGUACAUGAGAUACCAUAAAGUAGUGAAGCAAACUUACAGUAAACAGGAAGAUACUUUCCGCCAUUACUUUUUGGUUCUCCCCUGCUUUGUGUUGGCUCUCCUGAUUCACCGCAGUUCCAGUGUAACUGAGAUUCUGUGGACAUUUUCGAUAUAUCUUGAAGCUGUAGCUAUCGUCCCUCAAUUGGUGUUACUGCAAAGGUCAAGAAUUAUUGACAACUUAACCGGGAACUAUGUUUUUCUCCUUGGGGCAUACCGUGCUUUAUAUAUCCUCAACUGGGCUUAUCGUUUCCUUGUGGAGGAUAAUCACCAUUAUCAUUGGAUACCCUGGAUUUCGGGCCUGGUUCAGACUGCUCUAUAUGCUGAUUUUUUCUACUACUACUUCAAGAGCUGGAAGAAUCGGGAGAAGCUUCAGCUCCCUGCUUGAAACUGGACAUUCUUCAUUUAAAUUUUCACUAACGAAAGGACAGAGGUUACUGCACCCACAUGUCAUUGGAUUUCAUAGAUACCAAAUUUUCUUUUUGUUACCAGAAUGUGUGAGGGAUGGCCAUUGUUUUCUACUGUUCAUCUCUCCAACAGUUAUAUUUGCUGUAGUUGAAAUCCUUACAUACCCUUAUGGCAUUACGAUUAGACAAUGCUAUCUUGGAUAAAAAUGGUGAAAUGAUAAUACUGAUCUUCAGGGUUUGGGGC